AUGAUUCAUGACGGUACAUGCCGUCACAUGAAUGAAAUACCGGAAGGAUGGAAAACACACGAACCAGAUGACUGGAUUUAUUACCCUCAGCAAUUCGUCAAUAUAUCCUCUAGUGAGAUGUUCGUAUCUAUAGCUUCAGUGGGAGGAUGUUGUGCACCAAAUCGUCACAAGCCAGCCGCCACGAUUUAUCGAACAGAUGGUCAUGACUAUGAAGAAACGGGGAAUAAAAUUGUCGGUAUUGCUGCUAACCCCCUCCGGCAAACCAUUACUGUUGAAGGAUGGUACAUGAAACGUUUCGUUGACGAUCAUUCUAUGAACCUUACGCUGUUACCAACGAUUCAAGUUCCGGAUAAGCAGGCGGUCCUUUAUGGCAUAGUGAUGGAUCGUGCACUGAUCGUUACUUAUCAGUUUUUGGAUGCCAAUUAUCAGCUGAUCGGCAACUAUUCAAGUGGUGUUCUGCGCAAUAUGAUUGCCAUACCAGAUAUUACACUGCCCAAGAAUACCCGUCGCCUUUUAUGGUUCCCGCGCAUUCCCCGUAUGCUUCUCUUACAUUUAUGCGGGUUUAUAUUGACAAGUGUGCUGCAGUACAUGUCAAUGGCUAAUUUCGUGCUGAUACCACCUGUCCGGUUUCUUUGCCGACAACCUUCGCAUCCUAUACUCAUGUGCAUUUUUGUGAUGAUUGGUUCGUUCAUCUUUAGUCAAGCUUGGAACCUUAUCAAUUCUCAGUCCAGCAUGUUUCAUGAAUGGUUGCCAAGGGCCGCGAAAAUCAUAGGCUUUUACACUACCCUGGUACUAUUUAGCUUGCGCGCUGCCAUCGAUCUGCCCACGUUUGUCGUAUCGUAUGCUCGCGAUCUUCCGUUUCUGAUUGUCAAUACUCUGGCGUCAAUUCCUACCAUCCUUGCCAAUAUCACCGUUUUUGUUUACUUCUUGCUUGCGGCCAGAUCGACUGUGGAACAAUCUGAGGAAUCCGGUUGUGAUGAUGCGUUGGAUACGUCGAUUGUUUGGAGUUCACGAACUAGUUCGGUAAGGCUCCAGCCUAUAGAAUCAUACAAUGUACACCAUUUUAUAACCUUUUUCUUGUUUGCAAGUAUUCCGCUGCCAGUCAAGACCUCUUUAGCAUUACUUGUCUACUGUCUAAUGCAGCUGAUUCCCAUCCUGCUCACGCAAAUGGUGGGCGUAGGCGGCGUAGUUCCUACGCAUAUCUGUGCAUGGUCACCUUAUUUGACGCAACUACAGUAUCAUCAGGAUCCCAUGGCUUUUGCUAUCAAAUCAUUCAUGCUGAUGCAGAUUGCCGUGUAUAUUGCAACAUUGGGAGCCGGAGGAUGCAAAGUCAUUGUAACAGGAUUUACCGGUACUCUCUAUUUCAUGGUGGAGGUAUCCUUGAUUGGUACUGCUAUUGCCAUGGCUAUCGAACUCGAUAAAGCGCGAGAGUUCGUGCUACGGCAAGUGGGUUAUGGCGUGUUCUUUGCCAGUUUUUUUAUUGCCCUUAUUGUUCAAAUGAUUCAAAAACGUAUCACAAGUAUCAUAUUUCUUGAAAACCGCAAACGAUUCACUCUGCAGCAUCGCACACCAAUACUGCACUAUUGGUACUUUAUGAUGUUCACUUCCAUGACCCGCGCCCUCACCUCCUACAUCUUGCGGACGCUGAAGCUUAUUUUACGAUAUCCAUUGUUCAGCUUGCGUGUCGAUCGCAACGCUGAAACAUGGAGUGUGCGAAGAGGAGAUGGUGGUUUCACCGCUUAUUGUGGAAUGCUCUUAGCGGAACACGAGUACAAUAAUCCUAUCGUUUUGGUGUUCGUUGAAUGCCUCUUGAAGCAUAUCAAUCAAUCGCGUAAUACUCGGCAACUAGGAAGAUGCCGUUAUCACAUGAGUCGAUCGGAUUCGGAGCAGGCAGAAUGUGUCGACGUGACCCAUGAAACUUUGUUGAAAACACAGCACGCUGUUCCUUGCCGCAACGCACGAUCACAGCGAGCACGCACCCGAUGGAACCUGGCUUUGACCUUGAUCAACAACCCCAUGGUAAGUAUGAUCUAA